AUGAGAAUGCGGUGGCUAUGGCGGAAUUGGUUGGCAGCGGCGGUGUUGGUGAUGGCGGGAGCGGUGGCUGCCGGCGGAGCAAGUGUGAGUUAUGACGGAAGAUCGUUAAUAAUAGAUGGGCAAAGGAAGAUGUUGUUUUCUGGUUCUAUUCAUUAUCCUCGAAGCACUCCUGAUAUGUGGCCAUCUCUAAUAUCAAAAGCAAAACAAGGUGGAAUAGAUGUGAUUGAGACCUAUGUUUUUUGGAAUCUCCAUGAGCCUCGUCCUGGACAGUAUGAUUUUAGUGGAAGACGUGACAUAGUAGCAUUCAUCAAGGAAAUUCAAGCACAAGGUCUAUACGCUUGCCUUCGUAUUGGGCCCUAUAUUGAGGGUGAAUGGACUUAUGGGGGUUUCCCGUUUUGGUUACAUGAUGUCCCUGGCAUUGUUUAUCGAUCUGACAAUGAACCGUUUAAGAUUGAGAACGAAUAUCAAAAUAUAGAAAAAGCAUUCAGAGAAGAUGGGCCCCCUUAUGUUCGUUGGACAGUAAAGAUGGCUGUGGAACUUCAGACUGGUGUGCCAUGGAUCAUGUGUAAACAAGAUGAUGCUCCUGAUCCUAUUAUUAACACAUGCAAUGGAAUGAAAUGUGGAGAAACAUUUAAAGGGCCAAAUUCACCAAAUAAGCCGUCACUCUGGACAGAGAACUGGACAAGCUUCUACCAAGUGUAUGGUCAGAAUGUAACACUUAGAUCAGCACAAGACAUUGCCUUUCAAGUUGCUCUGUUCAUCGCAAGGAAGAAUGGAACGUACAUAAACUAUUACAUG